AAGCCACAGAACCCCCCUGAGAAGAACGUCUUUUAACCCCAUUUCUGUAACCAAAAGAAAGGGUGUUGAGAUGUUUCGACCAAAUCACUGAGAAAUGGAUGAUGCCCCUGUUCCUAUUGCUUGUUUUACACAAUCUGAGAUCUUGGAAAUGGAGAAUUUAUUUGAGGAAUUUGGAGAAGAAACGCUAGGCCAGGAAUUCUGCCAAGAUCUUUCCACCAGCUUUAGUGCCUCACCAGGUUGUUCUGGGAAUAUGUCCGUAGGAUGGAAAGAGGUGCGAGAUUGGUUCCAAACUAAGCAAAAAGAGUUGGUUGCUAGAGUCACUUCCUCACCUGUUGCUCCCAGAGGAAUCGAUGCUCUUCCAGAAGCACCCAUGUCAAACAAUGCACCUCAAAAUUCUAUAGUUCCAAGAGGGGACAUGGUUGCAGCAGAUCUUUCAGAGUUGACAUAUGAGGCUAAAUCAUCAAAAGAUGAUGCAUGGUACGAUGUUGCUGCAUUCCUCACCUACAGAGUUCUUAGCUCUGGUGAACUUGAAGCUCGUGUAAGAUUUUCUGGAUUUGGCAAUGAGGAGGACGAGUGGGUGAAUGUCAAAAAGGGAAUACGAAAGCGGUCGAUUCCUCUAGAGCCUUCAGAGUGUUACAGGGUCAGAGUUGGAGAUCUGGUGUUAUGCUUCCAGGAAAGAUCAGAUCAAGCAGUCUACUGUGAUGCCCACGUUAUAGAAAUCCAAAGGAGGUUACAUGACAUUAAGGGCUGCAGGUGCAUCUUCGUGGUUCGCUAUGAUCAUGACCAUGGCGAGGAAAAGGUUAACUUGAAGAGAUUAUGUUGCAGACCAACACUGUAGACUGCUAAGCUGGAAAUGGUUUUGGGGGGGGGAAUCAAACAUCUCUUUCUUUUCUGUUCCUUUUCCUUUUUCUUUUCCCUUUUCUUCUCUGUUGUUGUGAACAAUAUUACUGAAAUAUCAAUAGAAACUUCUAUUAUGUAAUCCA